CUACAUGGAGAGAAUAGACCGAAAACCUGUAUCACUGAGUGGAGUAUUGGAGAUAGAGAAAAAAUCACAAUGGUCUAUACCCCGGCUUUGGUCCUCGGACACGGAAUGCUCAUUAUGUCUGUAGAGGAUAGCGUAGUCGAGCGAAAGUUUCUCUAUCAAAUCACAUCGAGCAACAAAAAAGAUACGCGUCGGGGCAGCCUUGAAAGUUGCGAAUUCAUCAAGGAAAGGAACUCCUCAAGUAAGGCUCUGUUCUGAAAUCUAAGUUUUCAUCGGCUAUAUGUGCUGUUAUAAAUGAUGGCACAUUAUAACUGUCAGUUAAUUCUGGUGACUUUUUAUAGGCCUUUUGUCGAACUUUAGCCUACGACUCAUAGGUUUUGACCAUUCCAAGCGGCCACAGAUAGUAGCCUGCACUGAUACAACGUAGCUGAUGCAGCCAGAUAGUCUACACUCUACAGCAGGGUUCUUCAAUUCCGGUCCUGGAGGGCCGAAACACUUCUGUUUUUUAUUUCUACCUGGUAGUUAAUUGCACUCACCUGGUGUCCCAGGUCUGAAUUAGCCCCUGAUUAGAAGGAGAGGAUGAAAAACCGAGGUGUUUCGGCCCUCCAGGACCGGAAUUGAAGAACCCUGCUCUACAGUCUGUAGCCUACUGCUCAUGACUGUCAGCUGAUGGUCUGUUCUUGAAAGUUCAUUAAUUAAACCGACCUCUGUCUCUCGUUUUUAAAGUUGCUGAUACAUUGCCUUAUUUUGACGAUCAAUGUAAAAAUGUUGCGCAAUAUAUAAGAAUAGUCUAUUACAAUGUUACAUUUGAGUCAUUUAGCAGACGCUCUUAUCCUGAGCGACUUACAGUAACCUAGUGAGUGCAAACAUGUUUCGUACUGGUUUAAAUGUAUUAUUGCAAUGCUAUUGAAUAUUAGGCUAAAUAACUUCAGUAAAUAGGCCUAGGUGAAACAGUAUAGGCUCUAUAUAGAAUAGGCCUAAAUAUAGCCCCUGCCUUAUCAAAUGUCUGUAAUACAAAAGCAUAGGCUGUACAACUUAAACUCAUGGUUCACCAGCAAUAUAUUGAUAUUAACACACCAUUCUCUUUUCCAGGUCUGGACUCUGAAAUUACUCUAGACAGUGAGGAGAGAAUACUCCAGCAGGACAUGACCAGGCAGAUCGAGGGUUGUCUCUCUGAAGCUAAAGAAUCGAAUCUGCGCUGCCGGGUGCUGCUGCUUCCCCGCCCGCUGACCGCCAAGGUUGCCCGGGACGUGGUGCACUCCUCAGUUGGAGAACCGUGUGGGCUCCGUGGGGCCUUCAUACAGGUUUAUUUGGAGACACAACAGGGCCUGCAGACGCUGGGUACUAUAUCACCCGACCCCACCGUCACUCCUACCUUCGAGCUGUCCAUAGUGUUCAAACUGGACAAAGAUGGUUGGCCUCCUCUCAAACACAUGUUUGUUACCGACAAGGUGUUGAAACUACGACCCCAGUACCGGCUGGUCAAGAAUAAAUUGUAUUCCUCCGCGAGCCCUGUCAUACACGAGUUUUGCUGAGAUAGAUAAUUUCUGAUCAGGGAUCAACACGUGGCAUAUGUUUCUACAUUCCUUUUUAGGAGAAAAAUCUCAGCACUACUUUGUUGUUUUUCUUGUGUACUUAAUGCAUGUCAAUGUACACCUGUAUUGGAGUUUUGCACAGUAUAUGCACUGGAAAAUCACUGGAACAGUCAGCUCAAUUGUGAAAAGAAAUAUACUUAUGUGUAGGUGACAAGGAGGGAAUGUUACCCUAGAAGUUUUGUAUGGCUGAAAUUUGAGUUGACCUAGUUAGAAAAAAAGCACAGAAUGCAUGUUACCUUGCUGGUUCUAGCAGGGGGUGAAAUGUGUUACAGUUCUGUACAAAUGUAAGAUCUUCAU